AGGUUGCCUUCUUUCUCAUCUCUGCAGUAACUGUCUUCAUGGUUUCAUAGCCUCCCUGGUACCCCUCCCCAGUGUCACAUUUGAAGACGAGCACUGAGGAUGAGGAACCAACUGAAGAAUAUGCAAAUGCUGGAAAUACAGAAUCUAAGUGGCCAAAAGGGGAAGGUCUUCACAGAGAUCCUGUGCCUGAGUCUAAGGUUGGUGACACGUGUGUUUGGGAUAGCAAGGUAGAGAGUCAGCAGGAAAAGCCUGUGGAAAACAGGAUGAAGGAAGACAAAAGCUGCAUCAGGGAAGCAAUCAGCACAGCGAAGAGUACAGCAAAUAUAAAGACAGAACAGGAAGGUGAGACAUCUGAGAAGAGCUUGCGUCUGAGCCCACAGCAUAUCACACACCAGACUAUGCCUGUAGGACAGAGAGGCAGUGAGCAAGGCAAAUGUGUGGAGAACAUUAAUGGAACCUCCCACCCUAGUCUACAGCAGAAAACCAAUGCUGUUAAGAAAUUACAUAAAUGUGAUGAAUGUGGGAAAUCCUUCAAAUACAAUUCCCGCCUUGUUCAACAUAAAAUUAUGCACACUGGGGAGAAGCGCUAUGAAUGUGACGACUGUGGAGGGACCUUCCGAAGCAGCUCCAGCCUUCGGGUCCACAAGCGGAUCCACACUGGGGAGAAGCCGUAUGCGUGUGAGGAAUGUGGGAAAGCCUACAUGUCCUACUCCAGCCUCAUAAACCACAAAAGCACCCAUUCUGGGGAGAAGAACUGCAAAUGCGAUGAAUGUGGAAAAUCCUUCAAUUAUAGCUCUGUUCUGGACCAGCAUAAAAGGAUCCACACUGGGGAGAAGCCCUAUGAGUGCGGUGAGUGUGGAAAGGCCUUCAGGAACAGCUCUGGGCUCCGAGUCCACAAAAGGAUCCACACGGGGGAGAAGCCCUAUGAAUGCGACAUCUGUGGGAAAACCUUCAGUAACAGCUCUGGCCUUAGGGUCCACAAAAGGAUCCACACGGGCGAGAAACCUUAUGAAUGUGAUGAGUGUGGGAAGGCCUUCAUUACUUGUAGAACACUUCUCAACCAUAAAAGCAUCCACUUUGGAGAUAAACCCUAUAAAUGUGAUGAGUGUGAGAAAUCUUUUAAUUAUAGCUCUCUUCUCAUUCAGCAUAAAGUCAUCCACACUGGAGAGAAACCUUAUGAAUGUGACGAAUGUGGGAAGGCUUUCAGGAACAGCUCAGGCCUCAUAGUGCAUAAAAGGAUCCACACGGGAGAGAAACCUUACAAGUGUGAUGUCUGUGGCAAAGCAUUCAGCUAUAGCUCAGGCCUCGCAGUCCAUAAAAGCAUUCACCCUGGAAAGAAAGCCCAUGAGUGUAAGGAGUGUGGGAAGUCCUUCAGUUAUAACUCACUUCUUCUUCAGCACAGAACUAUUCACACCGGAGAGAGACCUUAUGUAUGUGAUGUGUGUGGGAAAACGUUCAGAAACAAUGCAGGCCUCAAAGUCCACAGGAGGCUGCAUACUGGGGAGAAACCCUAUAAGUGUGAUGUGUGUGGGAAAGCCUAUAUCUCACGCUCUAGCCUUAAAAAUCACAAAGGAAUCCACCUUGGGGAGAAGCCCUAUAAAUGUAGCUACUGUGAGAAAUCCUUCAACUACAGCUCUGCCCUUGAGCAGCAUAAAAGGAUUCAUACCAGGGAAAAACCCUUUGGGUGUGAUGAGUGUGGAAAAGCUUUCAGAAAUAAUUCCGGCCUUAAGGUACAUAAACGAAUCCACACUGGGGAACGACCUUAUAAAUGUGAAGAGUGUGGGAAAGCGUACAUCUCCCUCUCGAGCCUUAUAAAUCAUAAAAGCGUCCACCCCGGGGAGAAGCCCUUUAAGUGUGAUGAGUGUGAGAAGGCCUUCAUCACAUACCGAACCCUUAUAAACCACAAAAAAGUUCAUCUUGGGGAGAAGCCCUACAAAUGUGAUGUGUGUGAGAAAUCUUUUAAUUACACGUCACUCCUUUCUCAGCACAAAAGGGUCCACACUAGAGAGAAACCCUAUGAAUGUGACAGGUGCGAGAAGGUCUUCAGAAACAACUCAAGCCUUAAAGUUCAUAAGAGAAUCCAUACUGGGGAGAAGCCCUAUGAAUGUGACGUGUGUGGAAAAGCCUACAUCUCACACUCAAGCCUUAUUAACCAUAAAAGUACCCACCCCGGCAAGACACCGCAUCCAUGCGAUGAGUGUGGAAAAGCUUUUUUCUCAAGCAGAACUCUUAUAAGCCAUAAAAGAGUCCAUCUUGGAGAGAAACCCUUCAAGUGUGUCGAGUGUGGGAAAUCUUUCAGUUACAGCUCUCUCCUUUCUCAGCACAAGAGGGUCCACACAGGGGAGAAACCCUAUGUGUGUGAUAGGUGUGGGAAGGCCUUCAGGAACAGCUCAGGCCUCACAGUGCAUAAAAGGAUCCACACAGGUGAGAAACCCUAUGAAUGUGAUGAGUGUGGGAAGGCAUACAUCUCACACUCAAGUCUUAUCAACCAUAAAAGUGUCCACCAGGGGAAGCAGCCCUAUAAUUGUGAGUGUGGGAAAUCCUUCAAUUAUAGAUCAGUCCUUGACCAGCACAAAAGGAUCCACACUGGAAGGAAGCCAUACCGAUGUAAUGAGUGUGGUAAGGCUUUCAAUAUCCGAUCAAAUCUCACCAAGCAUAAAAGAACCCAUACUGGAGAGGAGUCUUUAAGUGUGAUAUAUGUGGGAAGUUAUAGUGGCACAUCCCAGAAGAGAACCUAUGAGGGAGGGAGUGCCCUGGAUGGGAGCAGGAUGAGGCUGCCUCUGUAGCAGGCAGAGCUCACCAAGUCUCUGAACUCAAAUGGAAGAAAUACCUUAUGAAUGUGAGAAUGUAUGGGGUCAUGGCUUGUAAUUUACACAGUGUAAAUGGAACCAUCCUAGAGGAUUGGGAGGAAUCCUUUCUAUGUGAUUGUCAAUCAUAGCGAGCAAGAAAGGCUCCAGUAUCAAAGUAGUUCAGCGCUUAUGGGAUAUAAAAUAGUCCAUACUUGAGAUAAAAACCUACCCAAGUGAUGGAAUGUGAAGCAAUGUCUUCAAAAUUAGUAGACAUUUCUGGACAUAAAACACAGAUGAGGAAGGGACUUCAAUUAGAAGUUACAUAAUCACCAUCAGAAAGUUCAUGUUUGGUAAAGUCUGUCACUAGAAAUGUAGGAAAUUCAGGUAUAGCUUUGAAUCCCAAUUACACAUUGGUCAGUGGGAAAACUGAGAAAGGCCUCCAACAGACAAAUUCAGGGAGAGGUAGGUUUCAGGGAAUAUAAAUUUACUUAAUAUUAGUGGUCUUUAAGUAUAAACUUGAUGUAAUUGGUUUGGGAGGGGCAGUGAUGAUGACUUCUGAAACAAAAUUUGGAUUUCGUUUUAGGAAAAGUAGAAAGUAUAGACUUACAAGUCUAACAGGAGAUAGGAGAGAGUCACUCAUAAAAAAUGCAAAUUGAUGAACGUACUAUUGUGAUACAUUAGUUGAAUGGAUGAAACUUUUUUAAAGUUUCAGAUGAACUCCCAUAAUGAUGAAUUUGUGAUGAGGGAUAACCUGGAAGUGGUAUUCACACAUUAUGCUACAAUAAAAGGUUCUACCGUGGAGAGGAUUUUGACACAUUCAGUAACUAAUGGAACACACCGUCAACAUGAAUUUGCACCUUACAUGACAGAAUUGAUUCAGGGAUUCCUAUGAAUAGAAAUGCUGAGAAGGAACGCAUCUUAGUGCAGAAGCUAAAAAGCUAAGCACCAGUCAUCUAGAGAGAAGGAAAUUAAUGUUUCUUAAUCCUGUUAAAUGUUUGAUUGUUUGGAAUAUGUUACUGUAAAGAUGUCAUGCAGUAUAUGUGUAUAUUGUCUGUUGUAAAAUGUUAACGAAUACUUUGUUCAGGGCUCACUUUCUCUUUGUCAUGAAAGCCAGCUCCUUGUGGCGAGGUAAAGUGGAAUUCCAAUAAAGAAAUUCCUUAAAUCAAAA